AUGGCAUUCAACAUGAAAGCUCUGCUUGCAAUGAUCUGCGUCUUUGUCGGCUGCUGUAGCAAUGUCGUCUUCCUCGAGCUGAUCAUCCAAAUUGAUCCCGGCGCCGGCAAUCUGAUCACCUUUCUGCAGUUCCUCUUCAUCGCCCUGGAAGGCCUCAUCUUUACAUCAAAAUUCUUUACGGUCAAGCCAAAGAUUGCUCUAAAGGAUUAUGUGAUGCUUGUUGUGCUGUUCUUUGGCGCCAACGUUUGCAACAAUUACGCCUUCAAUUUCAACAUCUCAAUGCCACUGCACAUGAUCUUUCGCAGUGGUUCGCUCAUGGCCAACAUGAUCAUGGGCAUUAUACUGCUAAAGAAGCGCUACAAUCUCAGGCAAUACAGUUCGGUGGCCAUGAUCACAGCUGGAAUAAUACUCUGCACGUUGGUGUCCAGUGGCGAUGUCAAGGACAACACCCAUGCCUCACUGAAAGUGGACACCUCGUACUCGGAUUUCUUCUGGUGGAGCGUGGGCAUUGCCUUGCUCACCAUCGCCUUGCUGGUGACCGCCUACAUGGGCAUCUAUCAGGAGGUGAUCUACAAGCGCUACGGCAAGCAUCCGAAUGAAGCGUUGUUCUUCACACACAUGCUGCCGCUGCCCGGAUUCCUCAUCAUGGCCAGCAACAUUGCCCAGCACUGGAGCAUUGCCAUCAACACGGAGCCGGUGGCCUUGGCCGUGCCUGGCCUGAAUUGGACCGUCUCGUUUCCGCUGAUCCUCUUCUAUCUGCUGUGCAAUGUGGUCACCCAAUACAUCUGCAUCAGUGCUGUCUAUGUGCUGACCACAGAGUGCGCCUCCCUCACUGUCACUUUGGUGGUGACGCUGCGAAAGUUUGUCUCGCUGCUGUUCUCGAUCAUGUACUUUAGAAAUCCGUUCACGAUCAGCCAUUGGCUGGGCACGGUGCUCGUCUUCUUUGGCACGAUACUGUUUGCUAAUGUGAUCAACCAGGUUAAGGAUGCGUAUAAGGCGCGUGCCCAGCGACAACUGGAGGGCAGCAAGCAGAAGCUAAAGACAGGCUAAACCGACGUCAUUUAAAUUGUAAUCCUAAUCCUAAGCUAUUCAGUAGUAAUUUCUAUUUUGUGUGCUGCUCUUUUCCAUGUUUCGUUGCGUUCUUUAUACGUAAUUUCGUGUAUGUUGUAAAUACUUUUAGUUAAGUCUUUAUCUGUUCUUUUUAGCAGCCUUCUGAACACCCCUUUUGGUAACUUUUUUCUUUCUAUCUCCCCAUACCUUAUUCCUUUUUAUACUAAAAGUAUUCUUAACAAAGAUUUUUUGAACAAAACAAAUAAAUUACUUGACAAAGCCUAUCGUAAUUGUUUAUCUUUCCCUCCUAAUAUCUAUCUAUCUAUCUCUU